CAAGUAUCGACCCAAACAGCAGUAUAAACAGCAGUUCCAAAGUGUCUAUUAAACAAGCAAGACCCAUAAGAGAAAAACUAAAUAAAACAAAAACAAUUUAAAGAAUAUUAAAAAAUCAUAUUCAUAAAGAAUUUAUUUGUGAAUUAAGCAAUCAAAUUAAACCAGAAAAAUCGAAAAACAAAAAAUGAAAUCGUUUAUUGUUGUUGCUUUGUUGGCUGCUAUUUGCGCCGUAGUAAAAACCGAAGAUGUCUGUCACACUAACGUAGAGAAGGCAUGCGGAGGCACCACAAUCUCUGGCCCCUCCAUUUGUAACUCCAUUUAUGGUGGCAUUGAGCGCGUCGAACCGGAAGUCCAAGCUUACAUCAACUCUCAUUUGACUAAAUCCUAUGAAUACUUGUUGUUGGCUACCCACUUCAACUCCUACCAAAAGAAUCGUCCCGGCUUCCAAAAACUCUACCAAGGACUCUCCGAUCGUUCUUUCGAUGAUACUAUUGACAUGAUCAAACAGUUGUCUCGUCGUGGUGGUAAAGCCAACUUCAAUGUUGUCCAUGAAAGUCCCGCUACCAUCAGCAGAAAGGCCAUGAACUUGGAAGUUGAUGAACUACACUCUUUGGCCAUGGCUUUGGAUACUGAGAAACAAUUGUCCACUGGUGCCUUCCAUGUCCACAAUCAUGCUCUACACUCUGCUGAACGUGACCCUGAAAUGGCCCAAUAUGUCGAAGAGAAAUUCUUGGGCAAACAAGCUGAAACCGUACGUAAAUUGUCUGGUUAUGCCAACGAUUUAGCCAAAUUGAUGAACCAACAAGAUCCCUCAUUGGCCGUCUAUUUGUUCGAUGAAUAUUUGCAAAAGCAAUAAAUUUAUUUCCAAUCAUAAUAUUUGAAUGAAAUAAUAACAAACUAUAUUUAGCAACAACAAAGAGUAUCAAGAAUAAAACUAAUUAAUUAGAAAUUGUAUUAUUACCAUCUUAAUAAAAAAAAUUCUCUGUCUACAGCUCUUUGUUUAAAAAAAGCAUUUCGUUUUUUUUAUUUCAUUUCAAUUGGAGUUUCUUUUUUUUUAAAUUUAGUUUUUUUUUAUUUAUUUGUCAAACUAAAUUUCCACCUAUUUCCAUUUUGUUAAUUCAUAAAUAAUUUAAUAAAAACAAAUAAAUAAAUUAUAUAUUAGCUUGCAUAUUACCACAUACACGUGAUUUUAAUCUAAACUAUAUAUAUAUUUUCAUUAAUAUUAUUGUGAUAAUUUAAUAGUUCUUCAACCUUAAACACAAAAGAACAACCAAACAUAAAUAAAUCAUUAAAUAAAAAUUUUAUGUGAGCUUUAAAAAAAAAUAUAAUAAAUAUCAAAAA